AUGAAUUUAUUUAAGAAGUCUACUUGUUCAGCUUGCAAUUCAUGUAAUUGUUGUUGUGAACGAGAUGAGGUAAAAAUUACUGAAAGAACAUACACCUACAACGAUCUUGACAAUCUUUAUAACAAUGAAGGCACUUCUAGCUUUCCAUAUAUCCCAACAGAACGGAUUAUAUUAAAUUCUUAUAAUAACCCUGAUUUAUAUUAUCAUCAAAUAGAUACAGAAUUUUAUACAAAGAAUAUAUUAUAUGAUGUUCCAUUAGUGAGUUAUGCUCAAGGUCCUUAUUAUGAAAGAAUUCCCGAUAUGAAAUUAAGUGAAAAAUAUCGUUUACCAACACUAAGUUAUGUCUCAGAUCCUGUGUAUAUAAGAAGAAGAGAAAAAUGUACCAUCAGUAAUUUUCCUAGAACGAUGUGUUGGGCAAAAUGUAGAUCAAAUUGA